GGACGUCUUAGCGCGAAUGGCACCCCCCGAUGCGGCCCAUUUACAGGGAAUUUUGUAAUGAUUAGCUGUGACGUUUAGGUACCUUACUGCUGCAUCUGCUGUAACCCUUCAGCCUCCAAAUCCAUAAACGCUCACAGAUUUUGUACGAUGCGACGAUCUGUUGCUGAUCUGUCGGUUUCAAGUGAUCCUAUGGGUUGUAUUUAUAUCUGCUUUCCACGUGCGCACGGCACACAUCCUCACCUUAGGGCCUAAUAACCAGUCCCCACAGCUCUCUGCGUUGUCUGGAAGUCAAUGAUUCCCUCUAGUGUCGUCGAUUUUGCCUACCAAUCCUGUACUCAUCCCACCUGAGCAAGGCUUCUUAGUCGUGCUUGAUCGUUUGCUGGAAUGGCGCCUUCAAAGCCUUCAGUGACAACCGGCGACCCGAGAGAUGAAGAUAGGGUGAGAACCCGGUCAUCCGGAGCGUCCUCCAUAAGCGGCCAUCUGCCAUCUUCUCACAGACUACGCGGAAGCUCAAUCGGUGCGGGGCACAGGCGCGGUAUCUGGCGUUUUGCGCGCCGGACGCUUGGGAUCAGUCUGCUUCUGCUGACUGUUUUCCUCUGGACCACCUCCAAUUUUCUCGCCAGCUACAUCUUUUCUGACCGUAGCUACAAUAAGCCUUUCUUUGUGGUAUACAUGAACACGUCCUUUUUCGCCAUUUCCACAGUACCAAUUGCCAUUAAAUACAUCAUACAGAAUGGUGGAUUCAAACACGUGAAAACCCAAGCAUUACAGGCCUGGCGAGAACACACUCACCAAACGGGGAAACCCAAUGCUCAAGCGGAACAUGGGGAUUCCGCGUUAGCGGAGCGGUUGCUCGUUGACGAGGAGGAGUGUCUCGAAGCACAAGGUAUCCAGGCUACCGCUGAGAAGCUCUCAUUCUUUGAGACGGCGAGAUUCAGCCUCGAAUUUGCCAUGAUAUGGUUCAGUGGCAAUUAUUUCGCAUCUGCCUGCUUGGAGUACACGAGCGUCGCUAGUGUUACGAUUUUGACAUCGACUAGCAGCGUCUGGACGCUGGUAUUCUGCGCAAUCAUGAAAAUUGAACCUUUCUCAGUCCGCAAGCUCAUUGGGGUGGUAGCUUCCUUGUCGGGUGUGAUCCUUAUAUCGUUAGUAGAUCUCUCCAGCGAUGACAACGAUGAUAGUCGAGGCAACUUCCCACACAAGACGCAAGGGCAGAUCGCGAUCGGCGAUGCAAUGGCGUUCUUCAGUGCCAUUAUUUACGGUAUCUACAUAGUUGUGAUGAAGAUCAGGAUAGGGAGUGAGGAUCGUGUCAACAUGCCCCUGUUUUUCGGGCUUGUCGGCACUUUCAAUCUUUUACUCCUCUGGCCAUUGUUCCCCAUUUUACAUUAUACGGGCAUUGAACCUUUCGAGUUACCUCCUACCGGUAAAAUAUGGGCAAUCGUUUUGAUCAACUCACUCUUUUCCUUCAUCAGUGAUAUAUCAUGGGCAUACGCCAUGCUCCUGACUACACCCCUUGUUGUUACCGUGGGCUUGUCAUUAAAUAUCCCGCUAUCACUGGUUGGAGAGAUGAUCCAGUACGAACAAUAUUCGAGCUCCGUAUACUGGGUCGGUGCUGUGAUAGUGGUCAUCUCGUUCUUGUUCAUCAACCAUGAGAGCCAUGAGCGCGAUGUCAAUGCCAAGACCGCAAGUGCAGAAAGUGACUUAUGAAUGAUGGGAUACAAGGACUGUACUUUUAAAAAGAAGGGAACGGGUCAUGCUAGAUUCAAGGUUGCAUUAAACAUAAGGCAUCGCCUGAAUGGGCUGGUUGUUAUGGCUUCUCUUUGGCAGGCACAUGUAAACUAUAUCAUAACUAGACGUUUGGUUGCUAGAUCAAAAACUUAUAAGAUUCCA